GACGGCCAGGAUGGACGCAUGGUGUCACCGCGCGCGGCAGGUGGAAGGACGCUGGGCCGACCCUCACUCGGCAACUACUUCUCAGCUGCCGCCGUCGCCGUCGUCGUCUUCGAUCGCUCGCCGCCUCUUCUCCUCUCCCACUCCCUCCCUUGUACUCUCCUCCAUUCCCACCUCCUUUGGAGAGCUUCCUCCCCUUCCUCUUUCGUCCCCCAGUUCGCCAGCCAAGAAUCACUGGGAGUGAGCUAGCGAGCGAGAGGAAGCGAUUUGGUGGUGGUAGGCAUCAUCAUGUACCGCCGGCUGAUGGGCGCGCCGGCGGCGGCGGAGGACACCGGGAAAAGCGGGUCGAGCAAGGACGCGAUGAGGAUCAUGGUGUCCGUGCUUGUGGUCGUCAUCUUCUGCACGCUGCUCUACUGCGUCUACUGCUGGCGAUGGCGGAAGCGCAACGCUGUGAGGAGAGCCCAGAUGGAGAGGCUGAGGCCGAUGUCGAGCUCCGACCUGCCGCUCAUGGACCUGGCCUCCAUCCACGCCGCCACCGACAGCUUCUCCAAGGCCAACAAGCUCGGCGAGGGCGGCUUCGGCCCCGUCUACAGGGGCGUGCUCCCCGGCGGCGCGGAGAUCGCGGUGAAGCGGCUGUCGGCGCGGUCGCGGCAGGGCGCGGCGGAGUUCCGGAACGAGGUGGAGCUCAUCGCCAAGCUGCAGCACCGCAACCUGGUCCGCCUCCUCGGCUGGUGCGCCGAGCGCGACGAGAAGCUGCUCGUCUACGAGUUCCUCCCCAACGGCAGCCUCGACGCCUUCCUCUUCAAUGAAGGGAAGAGCGCGGAGCUGGGGUGGAGGACGAGGCACAACAUCAUCGUGGGCAUCGCGCGGGGGCUGCUGUACCUGCACGAGGACUCGCUGCUGAAGGUGGUGCACCGCGACCUCAAGGCCAGCAACGUCCUCCUCGACGACAAGAUGAGCCCCAAGAUCUCCGACUUCGGCAUGGCCAAGAUCUUCGAGGACGAGUGCAACGAGGUCAACACCGGCCGCGUCGUCGGCACCUACGGGUACAUGGCGCCGGAGUUCGCGCUGGACGGCGUCUACUCGGUGAAGUCCGACGUGUUCAGCUUCGGCGUGCUGCUGCUGGAGAUCCUCAGCGGCCAGCGCAACGGCGCGCUCUACCUGGAGGAGCACCAGCAAUCCCUCAUCCAAGACGCAUGGAAGCUGUGGUCGGAGGGGCAGGCGGCGGAGUUCAUGGACCCGGCGCUGGCGCGGGCGUACGCGGCGGAGGAGGCGUGGCGGUGCUACCACGUCGGCCUCCUCUGCGUGCAGGAGGACGCCGACGCGCGCCCCACCAUGUCCAACGUCCUGCUCGCGCUCAUCAGCGACCACACCAACCUGCCGGAGCCGUGCAGGCCGCCCAUGUUCACCAGGCUCCGGAGGGUGCUCCUCGCCGCGCCGCCGCUCACGACCAAGACGGAGUCCACCACGUCACCGAUGUCCGUCAACGACGUCUCCAUUACCGUCAUCGAGCCACGAUGAGGUGCCAUCGAUUCGAUCCAUCGUCAUGGCCGCUUCCCAUCUUCUUGUACAUAUAUUUAGCUCAAUCUUUAGGUAAAUCGGUUCACACCUCAAGAAAUGGUAGGAUUUGUUCUCUGAAUGUUCGAUACGGAUUCUCUCUAUUAUUGUUGGCAUUAAUCGACGUCAAUAGCUGUUUAUGUAGCAGGUACUGCAGAGGAUCCAAAAUAUCAUCGAUUGCCUUAUAACUUCUCAACCGUAGUGUACUACCACUAGUAGAGUGCAGAGUAUGGUGGAGUUAGUGAAGAAAUUCACAAGAAAAAGAGGUAAUUAAGUACCCUUCCAAAUGUGUAAACAAGAGGGUUAGGUAAUGAAAAGGUUUGGUUUGGAUCAGUUCAGUGAAUCAGCGAUUUGUUCAGAUGAACUGUAUCAACAAAUCCAGGUUUUCGGGUUUCUGAACUUGUUUUUUCUCUCCCAAGGAGCAGCUUGCGUGAAGGUCUUUUUGUAUUGUGGACUUCCCUGACACGACUGCAAAAGAUGCAUUGAACUUGUAACGAGCAAGCAGAGUCCUUUUUUAGUACGAUCUGUCAUUGCAGCUAAUAAAAGUCUUGUCAUCGACUCUUGUCGUGUGACCUCUCA